AUGGAAUUGAUCAACGAUUAUGACUGCACUAUUGAAUAUCACCCUAGUCGUGCGAAUACUGUAGCAGAUGCUCUUAGUAGGAAAUUUCACAGUCGACUCAAUGUUUUUUAUGCAUGUCGUGUUCCUCUUCUCACCAACCUAAAAUCUACUAAAACCACUUUGGGAGUGGAUUACCAGGAAGCUCUACUUGCCAACUUUCAAAUUAGACCAGUUUUAUUGGUUCGUGUUCUCGAGGCUCAGAUGAAUGACUUAAAAUCCCAGGAGUUAAAACAAGUGGUGUUGAACGGCAAUAUGGGAGAUCUCAGGAUUCGAAUACCUGAGGGUAUGCUUAUGCAAGGCGAUCGAAUAUAUGUACCAAAGGUUGAAGAACUAAAGAAAGAAAUACUCGAUAAAGCGUAUAUCUCAGCUUAUGCGAUGCAUCCCAGGAGUACUAAAAUGUAUCAUAUUAUCCAACCUUUCUACUAUUGGCCAGGAAUGAAAAGAGAAAUUGCAGAGUAUAUUAACCCAGAUUUGGCCUAUGACGAGGUUCCAGUGACGAUUCUGGACUGGAAAGACAAAGUUCUCAGGAACAAGACUGUUAGUAUGGUGAAAGUCUUAUGGAGGAACCACUCUGUUGAGGAAGUUACCUGGGAGACAAAUGAGGAAACCGGCAGGAUUUCCUCAGUUUUCGACGAACAGAUGGCGACGGACGGCGGAGGAAGGCCGGAAAAGAAGGGGAAUAUUUCGUUAAAGUUAACGAAAUAUUCUAAUGUUGUUAGGUAA